GUAUGGAAGACGACGGGCCUCCUGGGAGCUCGGGAGCAUCAAAAGGAUACUGGAAGCAAAAUUUGUACCUUUUACAAGAAAAAGCGCCGAAACCCAACGCAGUUUUGUGCCGAAAACCUCUUCAGCAGAGACCUCGACAUUUUGGAGCCGAAUUUCACGGAUUAAUCGAUAGAAAUGAGGCCGAAAAAAUGCUGCUGGAGGCCGGAGAAGGCUCGUAUUUGGUGCGGGAGUCGAAUCGGAGCAGAGACGCGUGCACUUUGUGUAUGAUUUUUGAUGCAAAGGUUAUGAAUUAUAAACUCUACUACGACGGUCAAUUCUACGUUGGGGAGAAGCGUUUCGACACUAUGGACCUUUUGGUGGCUGAUGGGCUCAUUUCAAUGUUUGUGGACCUUCACGCGGCGGAUUAUAUAAAAAGAAUGGCGGAUGAGGCGAUUUAUGAGGAUAGCCCAUAUUCUCGGUAUACGAACGCCGCCGCCACCACUUCAGACAUUGUACGCCGUCCCGUCACUCGAGCACACAACUUCACGUCGUACACCUUCAAAGCUCCGCACUACUGUGAUUAUUGCCGAAAUUUCCUGUGGGGAUUGGUGCAUCAGGGAAUGCGAUGCGAGGACUGUGGCUUCGCGGCUCACAAAAAAUGCUCGGAAAAAACGCUUCACGACUGUGUGCCCGACUCGAAAUACGUGAAACGCAUGUUCGGCGUCGACAUUACCACCCUGUGCAUGGCUCACGGAGCAGAUUUGCCGCCAAUCGUGCCACUUUGCAUUGGAGAAGUCGAAUCGAGGGGUCUUGAUGUGGAGGGGAUUUAUCGGGUUUCGGGAUCCUAUGAUCAUAUGGAAAAGCUCAAGCAACAGUUUGAUUCUAAUCAAUAUGUGGACUUGGCUACGGUUUGCGAUAUUCACACAGUUUGCGGGCUCUUGAAGCUCUACUUCCGCCUACUACCACAGCAACUGAUCCCGUUCAGCGUCCAUAAGCAGCUUCUCGUCGCCUACCAGGAGACGAAUCAACGAUCUACACAUGAGAGGGAGCGGCAGAUAAGAAAAGUGAUGAUGGAGCUGUCCGAUGCGAACAUAAUCACACUUGGAGCAGUGUUGGCGCAUUUGAAAAAGGUGGCAGAUCACAGUGCAAAAAACAAGAUGACCGUCGAAAAUCUGGCGACAAUUUUCUCGCCGACACUCUUCUGCUCGGGCUCCAUACCCGCCAUGCCGAACCAUCAGCUGCUCCAUUUUCUGAUCAAUAAUCCACGUGUCGUGCCGAAACAUCAUUAAUUUAUUGCUCCCCGUGGUGGCAAGUGUGCUCUAUCGGCGAUUUUGGGUCGAAAAUCUCAAAUUUUCGUAUGAAAAAUUGUGAAAAUUUGGAAUUUUCGACUUUUAAUUGCUCACCGAGCCGGCUUGACCACUUUCCCGGGGAACCUCUGCCUAAAUUUUCAUUUUCCUAGAUCUAUAUCUCCCAGUUUAUGCAUUUUCUUCAGCAAUUUCUCUCAUCUCUCCGCAUACUUUUCUUCAUUUACAUAUCGGGUACCCGUUUUCUCUCGCUUUUGCAUGUUUUUUGACCAGUUUUAUGCAUUUAUUUAUGAUUUUUCCUUAUUUUUCACAUGUUGUUACGUUCUUAUUGCAUAAUGUUUUUUUCCGAGUUUUAGAAUAUAAAUUUAUUGAGCUGUAAUUCA